UCCAAUACACGUGCGGCAAAGUAUCAAUUAUAACUUAAAAUUUUAAUUUGAACAUUUAUAAUUCUACUUCAGUAAUCAUUAAUAGAUUUUUUAUAAGUCUUCAUAUAAGAUAAUGGUAGUGGCUGAAAAAAUGAAUAAACCAAAACUUAAAGUAUCAGUGUCAAAUUCUGAAUCGUCCAGUGAAGAAGCUGAGGAUUCCGAAUAUGAGGCAGAGGUAUCAGACGACGAAAAUGAAGAAAUUUCCGAAAACAAUAACAGUGAUGAUGAACUUAUAUUAAAAAAUGAGGGCUGGGCGGAUUCUAUUUCAAAAAUCCUUGGGUCAAACAAACCUAAAAAUAAGAAGACAUUGGUUUUGUCAAGAGCGAAAAAGCUUGCAGAUGUUGUAAAAAAAGAAAAAGAAGAAAAACCCGCUUUUGAAAUUGUAGGAGAGGGGCCUUUAGAAGAAAAACCAGAAGUAAAAGAAGAUAAAAUUGAUUUAGAGCCUCCUGUAAAGAAAAAGAAAUGUGAAAAAGCAUCAGUACGAAUAAAACCAAACAUACUUGAAAAAGAUAGAGAAAGAUUAUUAGCAAAAAUAGCAACAAAAGGUGUUGUACAAUUAUUCAAUGCAGUUAGAAAUCAACAAAAAUCUUUUGAAACUGAACUAAAUAAAGACUUACCAGAAGGAAAAAAAGAAAAGAUACUUAAGAAAUUUGAUAAGAGAGCCUUUUUAGAUACACUCAUGGGUCAAUCAAAGUCUAUAGUUGUAGAAGACCAAACCAAAACUUUGAAAGAUGAGUUAAAAGCAGAAGAUAAACCUCGGUGGAAUGCUUUAAGAGAUGACUUCAUGAUGGGUGCAAAAAUGAAAGAUUGGGAUAAAGAAGUUGAAGAAGAAACUAUUUAAUAAUAAAUUAUGUUUUUUUUUUAA